UAAAAAGUUCUUUAUCCUUUGUCUCAAUAAAAAGCGCGCGAAAAUUAUACAGACAUGUAGAACGUUGCAUGGAAAGUAUGGGUGUAUUUUGUGUUGUAUAAAAACGGGAACAUCACGUCAGGUGAAUUACGCGUGUUCAGUGGAAAAAAACGCCCCGGUUUUCAGCCAGGUACCAAUAAUUCAUCAAGAUGUUGGUGCCAAUAUUUACAUUAAAUCUGAAGCAUAAAGUAAACCCACAUAUGGUAGCUGUAGGUAAAUAUGAUGGCGUCCAUUGCUCUCUCACCUGUGCAACAAAUGCUGGAAAGGUUCUCAUUCACAAUCCCCACAAUCGUGAAAGUCGGGCUUCGGAAGGGGAUGUGGCUCUGCUCAGUAUUAAUCAGCAGGUAACAUCUGUGUGUGCAGGCCGCUUGAAUCCUUCCAUCCCCAACGACGUGCUGGCUGUGGGUUCACAGACCAAUCUGAUGGUCUACAAUGUUGAAAAGAACACUGAUCUGUUUUACAAAGAGACACCAGAUGGUUCCAAUGCUGUUACAAUUGGCACACUUGGUUCUAUUGAAUCCACCAUGGUUAUAGUUGGUGGUAACUGCUCAAUUCAGGGAUACGAUCUGGAGGGAAAUGAAAACUUUUGGACAGUGACUGGUGACAAUGUGUGCUCACUCACACUUCUCGAUUUCACAGGCAAUGGACAGAAUGAGUUGGUUGUUGGAUCAGAAGAUUAUGACAUCCGUGUUUUCAGAGAGGAUGAAAUCAUUGCAGAAAUGACAGAAACAGAGGCAAUAACCUGUCUGUGUCCAAUGCAAGGAAGCAAAUUUGGGUAUGCUCUGGCUAAUGGCACAGUUGGUGUUUAUGACAAAACUGCUCGCUACUGGAGAAUAAAGUCGAAGAACCAGGCUAUAACAAUCAACAGUUUUGACCUGGACUCAGAUGGUGUUGCGGAGCUUAUUACAGGCUGGAGCAAUGGAAAGAUGGAUGCAAGGAGUGACCGCACAGGAGAGGUGAUCUUUAAGGACAAUUUUAACCAUGCCGUAGCAGGGGUGGUUCAGGGUGAUUACAGACAUGACGGCAAGCAGCAGUUGAUAUGUGUUUCUGUGGAAGGGGAAGUACGUGGCUACAACCCUGCCCCAGAAGAGAUGCGUGGAAAUCUGAUGGACACAAACAUGGAACAGGAAACCAUUCGGGAGCUCAGUCAGAGGAAACAGAAUCUGAUGAUGGAGCUGCGUAACUAUGAAGAGAACACUAAGGCAGGGGAGGCGGCCCAGGGUGUCCUCAGUGCCCGGGCAUCACAGGGCCGUGGGGGUCCCAUAUCGGCAGACAGACCCUUCCCUCCGGGCGUGGAGUACGAGCAGUCUACCAUGGGAGUGAUACCAGCAUCAACACAACUUCAGACAACAUUGUCAGUUAUACCUGGGGAUGAUCAAAAGCCUGCACAUGUAGAAUUGUUGGUGGCAACCACAAAUGAUACUAUUGUUAGAGCAGUUCUUAUAUUUGCUGAAGGCAUAUUUGACGGAGAAAGCCAUGUAGUGCAUCCCAGUGCAGGCUCUCUUAGCAACUUCAUCAAAGUAUCCAUAGUCCCUCCGAAAGAUGUGCCUGUAGAUCUACAUAUAAAGGCAUUUAUCGGCUACAAAAGCUGCACCCAGUUCCACGUGUUUGAGUUGACCCGACAGCUGCCUCGGUUCUCCAUGUACAUUCUCAGUGACGUGGCCAUAGAGCCAGCCAAGAGUGUCUGCACCUUCACGGUCAAUGAGAGAGUGCAGAGGCUGGUGAUGUGGAUCAAUCAGAACUUCCUGCUGCAGGAGGACGUGACAUGUGACCCCAGUGGCAGCCUCAGUCUGGCCUUUGUCUCACUGAGGGGCAGCGGGCCCUUCCACAUCAAGAUGGACACCUCUGGCACUGUUUCCCUGCAGACCAAUGACAUGGACCUGGCAGGGGACGUUGUACAGGCAGUGGCCACCUUCCUCAACCUGGAGGAUCUCAACACAACUAUAGAUUUCCCUGAGGAGAUGGAGAGACUCAGGGCCGUGCUUGUCAAGGUGGAUGAGUUCCACGCAGUACGCCAGAAGUUGACAGCGGAGAUGGCUGAUCAUUCCAAUCUGAUACGAAGUCUGGUUGUGAGGGCUGAAGAUGCCAGGCUCAUGGGAGACAUGGGGAACAUGAAAAAGGGUUACACCGAACUAUACAACAUGAACAGGGACCUGAUCAAUGGCUACAAGAUCCGCUGUGGAAACCACCAGGAGUUGCUGGCUGCACUGAAGAACGUUAACCUGAUAGUACAGAAGGCUGGACGCAUGAGGGUGGGCAAAUACAAGACCCAGGUGGUGAAUGCAUGCCGGGCUGCCAUCAAGAGUAACAAUGUGAAUGCACUGUUCAAGAUCAUCAAGACUGGUGGAAACUGAUAAGCGGCCUUCUGACAGGCCAUAGAACCAACUUUGGUGGACAAUCAAAGGUUACUUUCUGGACUUAGUGUACAGUAACAGUCCUGAAGUUUGCCCGCUGAAGCUUUGGAAUGGAAAGACCUGAACUAAAUUUUUAACAUUCCGUCCAUAUUAUGUUUAAAGUUUGAAGAUAGUGUGCUUAUAUUAAUUUAUUUUUAGAAUUAUUGUAUCAUGUGCUAUCCCUGUAGAUAUUGUAGGCUUAUAACAACCUGUCAGUUUCAUUUGAAUUAUUUAUUUUUAUCUCACAUAAAAAUAGCAUUUUUUUCAUGUACCAGUUUUUAUAAUAAUACUUAACCAUUUUAUUUAAUAUAUUCAGGCACUAUUGUUAAGGUAAGAUUAACAAGUGCAUUGCAAAAUAUCAACACAUUAAUACUUUAAGCACAUUUUAUUGUCCCCUACCGCUUUCACCGGAGGGGACUUAUGGUUUUCGCUCUGUUUGUCCGUCAGUCUGUCACACUUUUCUGGAUCCUGCGAUAACUUUGAAAAAUCUUCAUAUUUUUUCAUGAAACUUGAAACAUGGACAGAUGGCAAUAUGGAGAUUAUGCAUGUCAUUUUAUUUUGUUCCUACGUCAAGAAUUCUGGUUGCUAUGUUAACAAAUAGACUAGAAAUACUGCUGAAAAUGGUGGUUCCUGCACUUUUCUGGAUCCUGCGAUAACUUUAAAAGUUCUUCAUAUUUUUUCAUGAAACUUGCAACAUGGAUAGAUGGCAAUAUGGACAUUAUGCACGUCAUUUCAUUUUGUUCCUACGUCAAAAAUUGUGGUUGCUAUGGCAACCAAAAAAAAUAAUCUGAAAAUAGUGCAAUUUCUGACAAUGGUGGAGCCAGUAGGGGACCAUAUUGCUUGACAAUAGCCUUGUUUAUUUAUACCUUGAUGUGUUUAAAUAAUUCUUUUUUUUAAUUUAAUGUUUGUGCAUUUGUUAUUGAAUAAUAAAUUUGAGAAUGUG